AUGGCUACCGAGACGGGAAAUAACCAUGUCGCGCGAGAUAACGAAAGCUCGACACCCGAGCCAUCCUUCUACGAUCAGAAGGAUGCUCGCCAGGUUCUGGGCAGAAUAAUUAGUACAAAUUUUGCGGUCAUGGUAGCUGGACUGAAUGACGCUGCCACGGGUGUCCUGAUACCCUACAUCCAGCCAACUUACGAGAUAGGUUUGCUGCAAGUCUCAUUCAUAUAUCUCGUUAAUUUUACUGGCUGGCUCUGCGCCUGCUUUGCCAAUAUUCAUGUCUGCUCCAGGCUAGGAACGGGAGGCACGCUACUUCUGGGCGCAACGGUACAAUGCCUCGGGUAUGCACUCAUGUUCUGGCAUCCGCCUUAUCCUCUCUUUAUGGCCGCCUUCUUUUUCACGGGUAUGGGUGUCGCUUUCCAGGAUGCGCAGGCAAACGCGUUCACUAUCACUGUGAAAAACGCUCAUAGAUGGCUGGGCAUACUCCAUGCUGUUUAUGGAUUGGGAACUAUCAUUGCUCCACUGAUUGCUAACACAAUCGCCUCGCGGACGCCAGAAUGGCACCAUUACUACUUGAUCGUGUUCUGUGUGGGCAUUGUGAAUAUCUUGCUCCUCGCUUGGACCUUCAGGCGAGGUCUUUUCCGACCGAAUGUGCAAGAUGCUAAGGAUACCGCUGGCAGUGAAUUGAAGGCUACACUGGCCAAUCGGUCGGUGUGGAUCCUGAAUGGGUUCUUCUUCCUCUAUGCCGGUGCGGAGGUGGCUUCUGGCGGAUGGAUUGUUCAAUUUAUCAUCUCAGUAAGACAUGGUGACCCGAAGAAAGUAGGUUAUAUCGCCUCCGGGUUUUGGACUGGCUUUACCGUAGGCCGGGUUCUUCUCGCGGACAUCACACACAAAUUUGGUGAGCGCCGAAUGGUCUUUGUCUAUCUCGUGCUGGCCCUGGCGAUGCAGCUUAUGUUCUGGAUCGUUCCGAGUAUUCCCGUAAAUGCUGUCGCGGUUUUCCUCUUGGGCUUCUUCAUAGGGCCGUUCUACCCUGUUGGACUGUAUGUUCUUACUGAAAUCGUGCCACAAGAGCUUCAUGUUGGGGCCAUAGGCUUCACUGCGAGUCUAGGACAAGCUGGUUCGGCCGCUUUCCCCUUUAUGACGGGUGCCAUAGCCUCGAAAGCAGGUGUUCAAGUCUUGCAACCGAUCAUGGUCGGCUUGCUUAUCGGCAUCGGCAUAUUCUGGGCCUUUAUUCCGAAACAGGGAACCAUAAGACUCGAGCAUGACGACGAUGAUAACGGUCGACUUAUAAACUAA